AUGAGUGACUCCAAUUCCAACGGUCAAGCCAACGGCGACCUGAAACGGACAGGCAAAUCCGAAAAGUAUUUCCUGAACGGAGCUGAUGUGUUCUUCUUGGUUGGAGGCAGUUAUUUCCGUGUUCAUAGUUACUUUUUCCUAAGGGAAUCGCACAAAUUCGAACAAUUCCUCUCGAGCAACCUCCAUAAGGGGGGCGGAAAUGACAUUCAUAGUGCCAUACAGCUGAAUCAGGUAACAGCACAAGAAUUCGAGAGAUUCUUGUGGGUAUUCUACAAUCCUAUUCACGGAGUAUACGACGCUCCUGUUGAGGAUUGGGAGAGCAUACUCAAACUGGCGCACCUGUGGAGUUUCCCGGAGGUCAAGGCCCUUGCCAUCCGUGAACUGCAAAAGCUCGACAUGCCAGAUGUCGACCGAAUAACAAUGUAUCAGGACUAUGCUGUUGAAGCAGAACUCAUUUCCCCAAUAAUCCUCCGGCUGUGCCAGAGAGAUUAUAACCUGGAUUACGCCGAGGCCGAGAAGCUUGGGAUGUCGACAGCAGUUUUGGUCUACCAAGGUCGAGAGUUACUUCGUUCUGCACCUGGUUCAGGCGGUAGAAGCCCUUUACCCACCGGCAUUGACGAGCAGGAAGCUCAACAGAUGAUCAAUGUUCUUCUGAAGCGAUCUCCAGCUGUAGCGCGCCAGGCAAAUGGAGCUAACUGGAGUGACACUUCUAGACCAGGUUCACCUGGAAUCCUCUGA